CUGACACCGCGCCUGGAAAUUAUGGAAACAGCGGCGUUUCCCCGCUGCAAGGUCCUAUCAGGCGACAGCUAGGCAUACGCAAUACCUUUCGCCGGAAGAAAGCUCGAACGGCCAUCUAUAUGUAUCGGUAUGAAAUGUAAUACCCGGAAGACGAAACGCUCAAUGUGCAUCGUUCAAUUUCGGCAGCAAUGCACAAAAUGACGGCGACCAACGACAUCACUAAUCGAAUGGACAAUGAUUUCCAAAACGGCACCGUCACACUGCUUAUCAGUGCGAACGCCACAGCGGACGUCGUCUCUUCCGCAAGCGCCGACGACAUCCUGGGGCCUCGCUACCACAAGCGAGCCCGCAUCGCCAUCAUUAUCGUCAUGAUAGUAGCCUCAGUCAUCGGCAACACCUGCGUCUGCUGGAAGCUCGUCGUCAAGAGACGGCGACGGCGAAUGUCCAAAGCCCGUGUGCUCUUCUUGAAUCUGGCCAUAGCGGACCUGCUGGUAGCUUGCAUCACUAUGACGUCACAAGUGGUGUGGGAGUUUAUGGGCAGACUGUGGAUUGCGGGCGAUGCCUUCUGUCGCCUCUUCAAGUUCCUACAGACGUUCGCGCUCGUCUCGUCCACUUACAUGCUGGUGGUGAUUGCGCUAGACAGACACAUUGCCAUCGUCACUCCGCUGGCACCGAACCCGGACCCAUGGAGGUUGGCAGCGUUCACCUGGCUCGUGUCGUGUUUACCGUCCCUACCGAACGUUUACGUGUUCCACGCCGUCCAGGUGGCUCCCGGAAGGUGUUUCUGCGCGUCCAUCUUCUACGACAGCGGCACGCCAAUUUACCAUCGACAGGUCUACAUGGGAUUCGUAUUCUUCAUGGUGUUUGUGGUUCCGCUCGCACUAUUGGUGACAUUUUACACAGGCAUAUUAUGCACCAUAUGGAAGCAUAGCUCCAGGAGUGACAAAGUUGGACAGCAAACAGCCUCAUCUCUUCCACUUGCCAAGGUCAAGACCCUGAAGAUGACUGUCGUGGUGUUCGGUGCUUUCCUGGUGACCAACGUGCCCUACAUGGUGCAAGAGGUGAUCCUGGCGUUCGGCAACCCGGGCGUCCUAAAUGCCAACGUGGUGGCUCUAUCUGGUGUCAUAUCUGCCUCUAACAGCGCCAUAAAUCCGUACAUCUUUCUGUACUUCCAGAAGGACCACCACGAAGGAAGUCGAAGUACGUUCGCGUCGUUGGUGAAAAAUAUGCCCUGCUUCCGUCGCUGGUUUGCUCGCGCCAGAAGUAAGAGCAGCCACAAGAUGGCGACGCUGACGGUGACCUACUCCGGUCGCCAUUCGCGGACAAUAACCACGGCCAACCUGGAUAUGGCUUCCGAGAGGACUUAAGCCCUUAUAAGCCUCGUUUCUAACACUGUACUAAAGAGAUGCGGCUCGCGAGGCAUCUUCUGUAAGGUAUUCCGUUGCUUUCGUCAAUACAAGGCGAGAAACCCUGCCUCAUACUUCUUCAUCCUUGUAUAGCAUUUACGACGACUGUGCAGUGUGUAAGUGCGUCAUGUGUACAGACGACAUGCGCGACUCUGCACUUCACGGCAAUGACAAUUCAUGCUCAUCUUCAGAGGCGUUCCAAACAUAAUCUUUCCGCCUGCUGUACAGGUUUCUCGUGCUGUGAGCCGGGUUGGUGAAAAAUUUUGCUCUUUGUAAUGUGGCAGACACUGCUACGCCGUCUAAUAAAACCGUUCAGACAAGUUGCUCACUCAUUUGAACAAGCUAUCGUUCUAAGAUUCGCAGGAAACGUUACAUAUGGUAAACAGACGCGAGUGAUCACUUUUUGUUGUUGUUGUUGUUUACC